AAAUAAUAAAAAAAUGAGCUAAAUGUCAAUUAUCCAUAAUAUUCAUUCCAAAAUGAAAAAAGAGAGCCAAAUAGUCCAACACACACUUCUCGAGCUUUCCAGGAAACUGAGCGAAAAAUACGAAGCUAAUAUAUAUUUAAAAAGAGAAGACAAUUAACAUUGUCGUUCAUUUAAAAUACGUGGAGCAUUUGCAUAUUUCUCGAAAUUGACUGAAGAUUAAAAAUCAAAGGAUAUAGACAGACAUAUAUACAUAUUUAUAUAUAUAAUUUUAACUUAUUUAUAUUUUAUAGGUAUAGUUACAGCCUCAGAUGGAAAUUUUGCUUUAGCUGUAUCUUAUUUAUGUAAUUAAUAUAAAAUUAAAGGUUAUAUUUUUCUUCCAAAUGUGUGUUAAAAAUAAAAAAUUGAAAAUAUUCAAUAAUUUGGUUAAGAAUAUGUUGAAAUUAAGCUUGUUAAUGGAGGUUUUUACGAAGAUGCUGUUAAAUAUGCAAAAGAGUUUAGCUAGUUAAACAAGAUUUCAUAUUUAUCUUCAUUUGAUGAUUAAACUAUGAUUGAUGGAAACGGCACAAUUGCUUUAGAGGUCCUCUAAGACCUUGAAACAGAUUUAGAUUAUUGUUUUGUCCCUGUAGGAGGAGGUGGUCUUGCGGCUGGAGUUUCUUUGGUUCUUUCUUAACUUUCUCCAGAUACGAAAUGUAUCGGUGUAGAGCCUGAUGGCGCUUCUAGUAUGAGUAAAUCCUUAAAAGAAGGUCAGGUAGUAGUAUUAGACUCAAUAAGCAGAUACUGUGACGGUUCUUCAAUAAGAAGAGUAGGAGAUUUACCGUUUAAAAUUUGCAAAGAAAAACUUUCUUAAGUCCAUGUAGUUUAAGAAGGCCAUAUAAGCACUACAAUCCUCUUUUUAUAUGACAUAGGUAUAAUUGCAGAACCUGCAGGAGCACUGAGUGUGGCUGCUUUGGAUUUUUUUAAAGAUGAAAUAAAGGGAAAGAAUGUUGUGUGCAUUUUAGCUGGAGGAAAUACGGAACUUUCCAGAUUAGAUGAAUUUAAAGAACAUUCUUUAUUAUAUGAAGGUUUAAAAUACUUUUUUUUAAUCAAUUUUCCGAUGAGAUAGGGUGUUUUAAAGGAGUUUAUUGUAAAAUGUUUGGGACCUACAGACGAAAUCUGCUAACUUUAAUUUCAUAAAAAGCCUAAUAGGGAAAACGGACCGGCUUUGGUUACUAUCGAAGUAAGGAAAAAGGAAGAAAUAUUAAAAAUUUAAGAAAACAUGAAAAAAAUUAACCUUAAAUAUUAGAUUAUUAAUGAACAAAGGGAAUUAUAUGAUCUUUUAUUUUGA